UUGGUUGCAGACGAGAAAGCGUGAGCAGCACUAAACUGGAACACUGCGCAGGAGUCAAUCCGGUUACUAGUGUAGCAGUAGCUAGUUGUGGAAGAACACCUAGCUAUAUUGUUUGCUCGUAGUUGUAACCAGUACAAAAAUGCUACGGAAAAAAUCAACCAGCAGGGAAAAGAAAAGGAAAAGUUCACAUUCGGAAGAGCAGCAUGUCCACAGAAGACGCAGGUGUACAGAAUCUAGCGUGGAGGACUCCAAGGACGAGCAGGCAGAUCUGGAGUUGGAUAAGCCUGGCAGCGACGUCGAGGAGGGAGGACUGGACCUUAGUGUGCCAUUUCAACCCAUCAGUGCCUAUGUUGCAGACAGGCACGAGAUGCUAGAUCAGUGCUUUCACGUGCUUGGGGAGAGCAAGCUGCAGAAGAUGCUGCCUGAUGAACUCAAGAACUGUAGUCUGGAUGAAAUCAAGACGUUGUGUUGGGAACAGCUGGAGCAGCUGUCUCAAAGCCACCUCCUUCAGAUACUGGAGGGUGAAGAGCUGACUGGUUCAUCUGGAGAAGAAGGGGAUAAAAAAAAUGCUGCCACCGAUAGCCAGCAGGAUAAUAAUGUGGAUUCCACGUCGUCCCUCAAAGAGAGUGUUGAAGUGGAGGAUAUCAAGCAAGAAGGUGGUGUCUCGGAGGAGAGCGACGUCCUUAGCAUCAACGCCGACACCUACGACAGUGACAUCGAGGGACACAAAGACGAGCCGUCCGAAAAAACAGAGGAAGCCGCCGGGACCAUGGACGUAGUUGCCGGGGCAACAUCUGACCCCGGCCCCUCCGCAACCCCAGCCCCUGCCGAUGGGAAACCAGUUGCGGACAAACCCCCCGAACCCAAGAAGGAACUCCAGAAGGACAUAGACAAAAGCGUUAGCGAGAUCCUAGCCUUAGCAUCGACGCCUAACCAGGAAGAGAUCCUAGCUUUAGCAUCGACGCCUAACCAGGAAGAGAUCCUAGCCUUAGCAUCGACACCUAACCAGGAAGAGAUCCUAGCCUUAGCAUCGACACCUAACCAAGAAGAUACUAAAAAACUGAUGGCGCUGCCGCUAGCCGCUGCUCCAGAGGCCCCCUUGUUGGUUACGAGGUUACCCGCUCAGAGUGCACCCGUCCCUGGCCUAGCUCCUGCACCAAGCCAGCCCUCAGCACAGCAGCUGGAGCUCCUGGAGCUAGAGAUGAGAGCCAGAGCCAUUAAGGCCCUAAUGAAAGCGAACGAUGUGAAGAAACAGAUGUUUUAGACGUUUUCAAAAUAAUUUCAUUUUCCCGAAAAGGAGCCGUAUGAUUCACGUUGUUGUUGUUGUUCUUUGAAUUUUAGGAAGGAUUGUAUCGAGUAAAGUUUUUUUCUUCUUCUA